ACUUAUCCGGGACGUGCAAUCUCGUGAUUUUGAUGGAACGACAAGAAACGCGGAGCUAAACGAGGGUCAUAGACGGUUUUCUCACUGGUUCUUGCGAAAGUUUGCUCCACGUGUUGAUAGCAAUGGAUGGUAGCGUGUGGGUGUUCAUAGUCGUCAUCCCUCUUCUUGUGCUCGUAUCUUCUCUUCUCUUUCUCUUUCGCGGCUUAAUCGGCGAAGAUUCAUCUGCUAAUGUCAAACAUCAAAGGGAGGAGAAUUCGCAAGAAAAACCGAAGAGGAAAAAGAAGCAGAAAGGCACCACGCCCACCCCAACUCCAGACGCCGCUCGAAUUUCCAUGAACGAGAAGCGAGUUGCGACGUCAGACGGUCAACAGAAGGGUGAUAAGAAGGAGGCCAAUGUAAAGGAGCAAGUAGGAAGUGGAGAGAAGAGUAAAAGUGGAGAGAAGAAGAAGAAAAAAGCGAAGAACAAAGAGAAACGAGAAGAGACGUUGGGAACUACCACACAGGAUGCGGUGGCUGUGACUGAAGAAGAGCAAGCACCCGGUGAAUGGAAAGAGACAGUUAGUCGAAAAACGAAACGCGAGAGAAAGGUGCAACUCCAGAAAGAACAGCAGCCAGCUGUCAAGGAGGAAACUGCUCCAGUUGCUGCUCCAGUUGCUGCUCCAGUUGACAUAAUCACUGACAAGAAACCGGACGAGAUCUCGGAUGAACUAUUGAAAGCUGCAGCCACAGACGAUCUUGUUGGUUCAACGAGGGAAUCAUCUGGCAGGGCUAGUGCAGGAGCGUCCAGUAACUCCAAUCCAGAUUUAUCAGAUUUUGUACACAUUGAGAUGAGAUCGGGUGAGGCGUGUGAGAUGAGCCCGGAGGUGGUUGAUUCUUCAAGUGACAAGAAGAAACCAGAGGAAACAAAACCAACUGGAAGUUCUGUAAACACAGUAGCUGGUCAAGAUGCUACAGAUUCUAUUAGAGAAGGUUCAGCUGGAGCCACAGCUAAGCCUCAAAGGCAGAAAAAGAGACGAAAACGUAAAAGUCGUCCAGUAGGAGGUGGCGACGAAGAGGACGAUGAGGGAGAAUGGGAAGUUGUUUGACACUUUCUAUAGUUGCUCAUUUCAAAUGAAUUAUUUGAGAGUCACAUACUUGCUGGGUUGCAACAAGACAAUAUAGAGUGUUUCACUUUGUGCCCACUGUA